AUGCGGCCCGCAGCCAGGGCAAAAGGGCCCCACGAACUUGCCCGACUGAUCCGAGCCAUCUUGCGCACCGGGCGUAAGUAUAAGGCCCCUAGGGCAGCCCCAUGCAUAGAAGUUGAUGGUACCCCUACCUCAGACCCGGUCCUUGUCGCACAGGCCUUCGGUAGGCACUUUGCCAAAGCCGAAUGUGCAACUGCCCAGUCGCUGAAAGAGCUGCAGCAGCAGCAUGUCCCCCCGACGGCGACUGAACCAGUUGACCUUCUUGAGGUACCGCACCUCUCAUGUCUGGCUCAAGCAUUCGCGACCGCAGCCAACCGGAGAGCGCCGGGGCUCUCAGGGCUCCCGCCAGACUUCUACAGUGCACAGCCACUGGCUGCGGCUAGGGCCCAUAUGCCCGUCAUCUUGAAAAUGCUCAGCCGGGGGCAGGCGCCAACCUUAUGGACGGGGAAUCUCUCCAUAUGUAUGCCCAAGCCAGCCAAAGACCACACCUCGGUUGAUGGCUAUAGGGCCAUCGCCAUGGUUGAGGUUGCUUCCAAGGCCACCACCAAAGCCCUACGACCAUUCCUCACCAAAGCAGUUGCCGCCCUUUCCCUACCAGGUACCGGGGGAACUAUGCCAGGAGUGCCAAUGACUCUUGCAGCAAUGACUGUUCAAAGUCACUUGCAGUUUCUUCGCAAACAAAAGCUUUGCGGCGCCGUCAUCUUUGUUGACGGGGCCAAUGCUUUUUACGCAGUCGUCAGAGACUACGUCUUGGACAGCAAAGCUGAUUCUUUCCAACAAUGGCUGUCGCACCUUCCAGUCCCAGACCGGAUUCGCCGAAGACUGCAACGCCGAUUCUCCCAAGGCAACCUGCUGGAAGAAGCGGGAUUGACGCAGGCCCAACAGGACCUUGUACAACAGUUCCUGCGCAGGACAUGGUACACCACCCAUGUGGACGGGCGGCAAAUCUUCAGCACUCAGGCUGGAACAGCGCCGGGCUCUCCGGUUGCUGACGCUAUCUUCCAAGUGAUCUUUGCGUCAGCACUUCGGGAGCUCCAUCAAGACCUCACUGAAAUCGGAGCCACCGAUUGCAUAGAGGUCUCAGGAGCAGGUUGCCAAGCGGCAGACAUGCCAACAUGGAUGGACGAUAUGGCGGUCCUUCUCACAUGUCCGGCAGAAAAAUUGGAGCUACAACUUUCCCAGGCUGCAGCGCUUGUUCAGGCCCAUUUGCGUGCUAUUGGCAUCUCGGUCAACUUCGGCAGAGGUAAGUCUGAGGUCCUGUUGGCUGUACAUGGGAAGGGUUCCCAGGCCCUUCGACAGCGCCUUCUCAUCGAGCAAGCCGCCCGCAUCCAAGUGGGAGACACCUCACAGACCAUUGAGUGUGUCGCAAGCUAUGUGCACCUCGGCACGCUUCGUCAGGCAACUGGAUCCGACUGGGAUGACCUGGCCAGGAGAAAGUACCAGACGGACGGGGUCUUUGCCAAAGUCCGGGGCCGGUUACUCAACAACCCCCACCUGAGCUGGCAAGAAAAGGUGCACAUGUUUGGUAGUUUGAUCAUGCGGAAGUUCUUACAUGGGGCGGGGACAUGGGUACUACGCACAAAAGGUGAACUUGCUAGGUACCGGGCAUAUUACAUGGCAUAUGUCCGAGGGGCCACCUGGCCACUCUGCGGCCAUAGUAGUAAGUUCCUAGAUGACGAUGCCAUCUGUGCCCUCAAUGGGAUCCUCCGACCGGAUCAAGCCCUUGCCAUCGAGCGUGCAAGAACCUUAUGGCAGGUGGCCAAUGGCCGCUCUGCCUAUCUUCGAGCCUCCAUUGUGCGGGCCGGGAUAUGGUUGGAAAAGGCGGCGCAUGACAUGGACACCAUUUUGCAAGCGCUGCAACUGCCUCGCCUGCCAGCUCUACCCCGGGACACCUCCGCAGCAGAAACCUGGUUCGCCACCAUGCAACGAGAUCCGGCUGAUGCUGCCAAUGUCUUACGCAGGGUUGCCAAGUUGUGGCUCCGAGCCGCUUGCGAAGCAGCAGAACCUGCUCGACGCAAAGUGGCCGCACUAGGCCAGAUGCAGGCAGCACGGGUCACUGUGCUGUACCACACGCAGAGUGGUAAUCACGAAGCGCUGCACGCCUGCCCUGACUGUGGUAGGACCUUUGAGGGGCCAGCUGCGCUGGCAUCUCACCAAAGCAAAGUACGCCAUCACAGAGCUGAGUGUAGCCUAGCACUUUUUGGCUCCGCCUGCGAGGCUUGUGGGCUUCAAUUCUGGCUACAACGCAGACUUCGCGAGCACUUGCGCCAUCAUGCCCAAUGCAGAGCCACCUACCUUGCAGCCGACAUAGCGCCACAACCGGAGGUAAAUGAUCCUCGCCUACAGCAUCUACCAACGACGCGCAGGGUCGGCCCUCAGCCUUUUUGGGCCAGCUUACGGCCCCCAGUACCGACCAACUGCCCUGUAGGAGUUGCUCCCGCAACCACAGCAGCCUUCAAGGAUGGGCUACGAUCUAUCUUGGAUCAAGGCACGCUCCACUCUUUUGCCAACACGAAAUGUGGCACUAGGCCGCUUAAGAACUUUAAGAACUUUCGGCACAGCGGCUUCGGAGCUCCCUUUACAGCUGCUCGAGUGGCCUUUACGCUUGGACCGACUGGGAGCUUGCCGCUGUCGGCCGAAGCCCUGGAAGUUUCAAGCCGCGGGUGUCGGGCAAACGCCACCGAGCACAGGAACACUGAGAAGGCUGUCGCGACAGACACUCUCGUGAUUGGUGGCAGGCUUGACGAACAGGGCGACGCGAGGGACAUUCGUCCGAGCUUGUCGGUCGCGGUGCCCCUGCGUUAG